AUGUUCCGCCUCUACGGUAUCCUCUUGCUCGGGUAUCUCUGCAUUGUCUUGCAAGGAUAUGAUGGCUCUUUGAUGGGUGCCAUCAAUGCAAUGCCACAAUAUCAGCAAUUCUUCGGGUUAAAAUCUGCCGGAUCGUCCACAGGAUUAGUAUUCGCCAUCUUCAAUAUCGGAAGUCUCUCUGCCCUUCCAUUUGCAGGCCCAGUCAAUGACUAUUGCGGUCGACGAUGGGGAAUAAUGGUUGGUUGCGGCCUCGUUAUCGUCGGCACAUGCAUUCAAGCUCCGUCCCUCAAUUCACGAAUGUUCCUCGGCGGCCGUUUCCUUUGUGGCUUUGGACAAGGCUUCGUGAAUGUCUCCGCCCCGACAUUUGUUGCCGAAAUGGCUCAUCCGCAUUGGCGUGGCCCAUUAUCCGGCUUGAUGCAGACGAACUAUUUUGUCGGCUCCAUCAUCGCCAGCUGGAUUACUUACGGCACAGCAUUCAUCAACGGAGAAGGCUCAUUCAGGAUCCCUUUGUGGCUACAGAUGGUCAGUUCUGGUAUUGUCUUCUUCGGCAUCAUGUUUAGCCCUGAAACACCCCGUUGGCUUAUGGCACAUGGGAAAGCCUCCCAGGCUGAGCAAGUUUUGGCGGAGCUCCAUGGAGAGGGGUCCGUGGACAAUCCAUUCGUGAAACUCCAGAUGGCCGAAAUGAACUCGCAAAUCGGUCACGACGGCUCCGACAAGCGCUGGUGGGACUAUCGAGACUUGUUCAACACGCACGCUGCGAGACGUCGAAUGGUUUGUGUCGCUGGCAUGUCGUGGUUCGGCCAGUACUCAGGAAAUGCCCUUGUGAGCUACUACUUUCCGGUCAUUGUAGCGCAAACCGGUAUCACGAAUCCUCACACGCAACUGCUUCUCAACGCAUUAAACCCUGUUGUUUCCUGGUUUGCCGCCAUUUCUGGAGCCAUGCUCCUCGACAGAGUUGGCCGCCGUCCCUUAUUAAUGAGUGGCGUGUUGGGAAUGGCAGUUUGCCUGGCCAUUGUCACGGGCUGCACGAAGCUCUCCGUAGAUACAGCUAACAAGGCGGCUGGCAAUGCUGGUAUUUUCUUCAUUUACCUAUUCAGCGUCAUCUUUUCAAUCGGUCUUGUCCCCUUACUUCCAUUCUACAUUGCCGAAACGCUCCCUACUGAGACUCGUGCCAAGGGUACGGCGGUUGGGGCCGUUGUCUCGUCCUCAGCUAGUAUUCUCGGACAGUACACAACCGCUGUGGCUAUUGAGAAGAUUGGGUACUACUAUUACAUUGUAUUUAUUGUCUGGGAUGUGAUUGAGUGUUUGAUCAUUUACUUCUUCUUUGUGGAGACGAAGAAUCGGACAUUGGAGGAGAUGAAUGAAAUUUUUGCAUCUCCGAAUCCUGUCAAAGCUUCUUUGAAGAAGCGGGAUAUGGUGGAGGUGGUCCAGGAGACUGUCAAGGGGGUUGAGUAG